AUGAACGAAUAUAGCUUCACAUCGCUUGUUCUUCCAGGACUAGCCCUGCUGGGUAUUUUCUUGGCAACAUGGUUUCCUUGGCGGCGACGUGGUCUUGAAACAAUUCCCGGUCCAAAAGGUUUGCCUUUCAUAGGCAAUGCCCACCAAUUGACCAAACAUCCACAGCGCAAGUUCUUGGAAUGGGCUGAUGAAUACGGCGAAUUAUUCAAGGUGCAGAUGGGAUUGCAAAAUUGGGUAUUCCUCAACAGCCCUGCCGCUGUCAAGGAGAUCUUGGACAAACAAUCUGCAGUCACCUCGGGUCGCCCUGGAAUGCCAGUGGUAUCUGACCUGGUCUCGGGAGGGCAAAGAUUUCUGCUCAUGACAUAUACCCCAAGAUGGCGGAAACUUCGCGCCAUGGUCCACAAGCUUCUCACACCCAAAGCUUCCGAGAUAUUCAAACCGAGUCAGGAAUUUGAGACAAAACAGUUGCUUUUCGAUAUUCUCACCGGCAAUGCAGAUCAAGAAAGCUUCUAUCAGCACGUCCGACGCUACACUACCUCUAUUGUGAUGACGAGCACUUAUGGGCGGAGGGUGCCAGUAUGGGAUUGCGAAGAUGUUCACGAGAUAUACGGACUUAUGAAGGAGUUUUCGGAGAGUGCUGCACCUGGUAGAUACAUUGCCGAGCUCGUCCCUGCCCUGGCCAGCCUGCCGGUUUGGAUGCAAUGGUGGAGAGCCUCAGCAUUGCAAUCUUAUCGUCGACAGCGACAUAUCUGGAUGAAAUAUUGGAGCCGACUCCAGGUUCAAAUUGGUCAAGGAUGCGCCCCUGAGUGUUUUGGGAAGCAGUUUACUGAGAGUGGCUAUCAAAAGCAAGACAUUAGCGACGAGCAAGCCGCUUUCGUAGCUGGGACAAUGAUAGAGGCAGGAUCUGAAACUACAUCCUCUGCACUCAACACGGCCAUAAAAUACCUCAUCAAAUACCCAGAGGCUCAACUUCUUGCACACAAAGAACUUUCAUCGCAUAUAGGUGAUGGCAGGGUCCCAAAUUUUGGCGACGAAGAUUCUCUCCCGUAUAUUCGGGCAAUGGUCAAGGAGGUAUUACGAAUCCGUCCUGUCACAAAUAUCGGCUCGCCCCAUUAUACUACUGCAGACGUCGCGUAUAAAAACUAUAUCAUCCCAAAAGACACGGUCGUCACACUCUCGCAGUACUCGAUCCACUAUGACCCUCGGCGAUGGGAGAGACCCGAGGAGUUCAUCCCAGGGCGCUAUCUAGGACAUCCUCUUAAAGCCGGCGCGUAUGCUGCCUCGGCGGACGCAGAAGGGCGAGACCAUUUCGAUUUUGGUGCAGGCCGAAGGAUCUGUCCAGGAAUGCACCUCGCCGAGAACAGCCUGUUCAUUACCUUGGCCAGCAUCUUGUGGCUGUUUGAGAUCAAAGCCCCUGUUGAUGCAGAUGGGAACGAAGAAUUUGUGGAUGUGUCGGAUGACGCCUACGAAGACGGGGCAAACACCCUGCCAAAACCGUUCCGAGCAAGAUUUGUCCCCGUGAAUGCUCAGAGGGCCAUCACGUUGAUGGAAACUUGGGACCAAGCAAAAAGAGAUGGGUUCAUGUUGGGAAAUGUCAAAGUCGACGAAAAGGGCGUCGUUGUGUGA